GGCGUGGCCAGGGCUCGGGGCCGCAGUCGGGCCCCGCCCACUGCCCGAGCUGAGCCAGGUGCGCGCGGCUGUCACUCCGGCCUCCCCUCUGCUACGCGAGCUCCUCGCCUGUGCUCGGCCGGCGUCGCGUCUCAGGACCUGCCAUGUUCCGCAGGCUGGGCUGGCCUGUCCUGUACAGCCUGGCUGUGCUGCUGCCGAGCUGCCUGCUCUUCCUGAAGAAGGAGCCCAAGCCGCCAGGGGGCCCCACGGCCCACCAGCUCUUCUGGGCUCCCGCGGGGCCCCGCCGCAGCCAGUGUCCUCCCAACCACACAGUGGCUAAUGCCUCCCUGUCCCUGCCUAGCCGUCACCGCCUCUUCUUGACCUAUCGCCACUGCCGCAACUUCUCUGUCUUGCUGGAGCCUUCAGGCUGUGCCAAGGACACCUUUCUGCUCUUGGCCAUCAAGUCGCAGCCUGGCCACGUGGAACGGCGUGCGGCCAUCCGCAGCACCUGGGGCCGGGCGGGGGACUGGGCUAGGGGCCGGCAGCUGAAGCUGGUGUUCCUCCUAGGGGUGGCAGGACCUGUGCCCCCAGCCCAGCUGCUGGCCUAUGAGAGUCGGGAGUUUGAUGAUAUCCUACAGUGGGACUUUGCUGAGGACUUCUUCAACCUGACACUCAAGGAGCUGCACCUGCAGCGCUGGGCGGCGGCUGCCUGUCCCCAGGUCCACUUCAUGCUAAAGGGAGAUGACGAUGUCUUUGUUCAUGUCUCCAAUGUGCUCGAGUUCUUGGAUGGCUGGGACCCAGCCCAGGACCUCCUAGUAGGAGACGUCAUCCACCAGGCCCUGCCCAACAGGAACACUAAGGUCAAAUACUUCAUCCCACCCUCCAUGUACAGGGCCCGCCACUACCCACCCUAUGCUGGGGGUGGAGGGUAUGUCAUGUCCAGAGCCACCGUGCAGCGCCUCCAAGCAGCCGUGGAAGAGGCUGAACUCUUCCCCAUCGAUGACGUCUUUGUGGGUAUGUGCCUGAGGAAGCUGGGGGUGAGCCCCAUGCACCAUGCUGGCUUCAAGACAUUUGGAAUACGACGGCCCCUGGACCCCUUGGACCCCUGCCUGUACAAAGGGCUCCUACUCGUACAUCGUCUCAGCCCCCUGGAGAUGUGGACCAUGUGGGCAUUGGUGACAGAUGAGGGGCUCAAGUGUGCAUCUGGCCCCUUGUCCUAGCUCCGAGGGGUGGGCUGAGUGAGUGACUCAGUGCUGAUUUUCCUAUCAAUCAUGAUGAGAAACUGAGAACCUUGAAGCUUGAUCCUUGAUGAAUGUCUACAGGAAAUGCUGUCUUGGUUUUGUAACUCCCUCCCACACCUUGCAAACUUGGAUUAAAAACACUUGAAACCUGGCUAUCUUGUACUAGCAUGUGUGGAAUGGGAGCCAAAGCAUAGCAAAUGCCACCAGAACUCCAUGGGGGGAAUUCCUGGAGCCCCCUGGGGCUCUGCCAGGCUGGGCGUGAAGGAGAGAGGCUGCAUAGGGCCCCAGAAGACACACACACAUUUUUAAAUGCACAAAAAAAUUAUUCUCCUUCAGAUAGAAUAGAGAAACUCAAAGGAAACGAGAAGCAUGUGUUGGAGUAAGUCCUGUUGAGAGCACCAGGUCAACACUGCAUUCAGUCCCUUAAAAGUAGUGGACUUUUGGCUCCUUGGCCUGAGCUGUCCUUACAGGGCAGUGGGGCCAGGUCAGAGAAGGCAUCUGAAACACUUAAAAAGAACUCUUACAAACACGACAGGCUCCCCUUUCCCCACAAAACUCACAUACCUAUGGAGGGAGCAAAUACUAAAUCAUAUUUGAAAAUGUGAAUAAGGUCAGAAACACGUUAAACAGCUACUGAACUUGUGGGCAUGACAAAAAAAGGACCCCUC